AUGGUGUCUUUCAAUGGAGGAGGAAGAGAGAAUGGCAAUGCAGACCGGGUUGAGAUCGAGAAAGUCUCCGGCAAGGACGAGAGAGAUGAGAGGGGAGAUUUUACUGUGGUGGAAAAGUUCAGGGCUUUGCUCGGAGUGAAGAGGUUCAUCACAAAAAGGCCCCCAUUCGGCCUUUCUGAAUACUUCUCUCCUUCACCUUCACCUUCACCUUCACUUUCACCUUCAUCAUCUCCUAGCGAAGCUCAAGCUCCAUCUCCAGCUCCUGCAGUGCACCCGUGUUUUGGUUGCUGUUCUGUGCCUACAGGAGUCGUGGUUUUAGGCUGCGUUCUCGGGCUCGUAUGCUUCUUCGGGAAAUCCAAGAAGCACAACAGAAGCAAGAGUGUCAAGAAUUUCUUGUCAUGUGGUAAGAAAGGAAGAGGAAACAGAGGCAGGUCAAAGAAUGAGAGCACGCGGAACUUGGCAAGCAAGGUAAGCGUCAAUCCUGGCCUCGAUCUUUUUUAUCUCGAGUCGUUGGGAGUGGAUUUGGAACAGCAGUCUUUGAAACGGAGUUCUGAAUCUGUCACUAGUUCAUCAUUGCAUAGCACUAAUCAAGCUAGGCUAGAGACUGAAGCACUAAAGCAAGAGCCGGUUAAAUCGGAGUCGGACAACACCCUAGUAGUUCUUCCACUAGGGAAAUUAAGUCGGUUCACGACGAUGCAGAGUCGAAACAUCGGAAGUUUUAUCUCGAAACUCAUCUGGGGAAUAACACCUUUCCUAGCCGACUCUGUGGAUGCAUCAAAUGCGCAUGGUCCAGGCAACUAUACCAAACAGAAUAAUGAUACAGAUACAGGUCUUGUAGAAUGUCAAAUGAUUCCCAUUGCUCAAGGCCUACCAUCACCUCCGCCUCCUCCGCCUACUCCACCACCUCCACCGCCACCCCCCGCCGCCCUCCUCUCGGUUUCCCCCUUGCAUUUUUCCUCCCCAAGUUCUUCCACCAGAACUGCUCAUAAGUCUCCAUCAUUUUCGACACAGAAAGAUUUGUCACCUUCCAGGAAUUCAGAUUCUUGUUCAGGAUCAGACUUGACUCCCAAGAGUGACUCGGCUCAAUUGCCCACGAUGAAUCCCGUACCAGCACAAUGUCCACCAGGAAUUCCGCCACCGCCAUGCCCGCCACCACUUCCUAAAGGAAACACUAGCUUUGUGAAAGGCCCUCCUCCUCCACCAUCUCAAUUUCCUCAGUUUAUGCCAACAACGGGCAAAGAUGGAGCGCCUCUGCCAAAACUGAAGCCACUCCACUGGGACAAAGUAAGGGCCACACCGGAUCGUUCCAUGGUGUGGGACAAGAUGAGGUCAAGCUCAUUCGAGUUGGACGAGGAGAUGAUAGAAUCACUUUUUGGUUACAACUUACAAAAUCAAUUGAAUAACGAUGAGAUGAGAAGCAGAACGCCAUCCCCAAGUAAGCAUCUCCUUGAGCCAAAGAGACUCCAGAAUAUUACCAUACUUUCUAAGGCCUUAAAUGCAAGCCCUGAGCAAGUUUGCGAUUCAUUAAUUCGAGGAAGCAGUUUGUCUCUGCAACAGCUAGAGGCAUUGGUGAGGAUGGUGCCAACCAAGGAAGAAGAGGCUAAGCUUAACGGCUACAAGGGAGACAUAGACGAACUGGGUUCGGCAGAAAAGUUCAUCAAGUCAUUGCUUAGCAUUCCAUUUGCAUUCCAACGUGUGGAAGCCAUGCUCUAUAAAGAGACUUUUGACGAUGAAAUUGCCCAUCUAAAAAAUUCCUUCUUAGUGCUAGAGGAGGCCUGCAAGGAGCUCAGAUCAAGUAGGCUCUUCUUGAAACUGCUUGAGGCAGUGCUCAAGACAGGAAACAGGAUGAAUGUCGGAACAAUCCGAGGAGGUGCCAAGGCAUUCAAGCUCGACGCUCUGCUCAAACUUGCUGACGUCAAAGGAACAGAUGGCAAGACUACCUUACUCCACUUUGUUGUCCAAGAAAUGGUCCGUUCAGAAGGAAUACGAGUCUCAGAUAGCAUCAUGGGAAAGAUUGAUCAGCAGAACAAGAACCGAACUGCUGAAGAGAAGGAAGAGGACUAUCGAAGAAUGGGGCUCGAUCUUGUGGCUGGGUUAAGCACUGAGCUAUACAAUGCAAAGAGGACGGCCACAAUCGAUCUGGAUGUGCUUGUGACCUCGCUCUCAAAUUUAUCAGAUGGGUUGGCUAAGCUGAAAAGGCUAGUGAGUAACGACUUGGGCACGGAUGAAAAGGGUGAGAAAUUCAUCCACUCGAUGAGAUUGUUCAUAAGCUAUUCAGAGAAGAGCAUGAAGGAGCUGAAGGAAGAUGAAGACAGAGUGCUUUUGCAUGUCAGGGAGAUCACAGAGUACUUCCAUGGAGACGUGAGCAAAGAAGAGGCCAACCCACUUCGCAUAUUUGUGAUCGUAAGGGACUUCCUGGGGAUGUUAGAUCAUGUGUGCAAAGAGCUGAGAUGUUUCAAAGUCCCUAACAGUUCCAGCCCUCUCUCUCCUUUCAGAUAGAUCAAAUUGAGAUUUCAUGCUCUUUGCCUGUGUUUGUGUGUGAUCUGUACGUGCAUUCAUUAGGAAUUAGGAUUGUAACACAAAUUUUCUCAGUGUGUGUGUGUAGAGUUUUGUAUCGUUCAGAUUGACAUUUAUUAACUUCAACCCUUUUAUACACUUUUAUGAUAAAUAGUA